AUGGUCUUGUAGUUGCCUCAUCGCUAUCCUCAAGGUUCAAUUCAGCGAGCUCCGUCCGACAUUGUGCCAGAAGCGUGCGCUCCGUUUUGCGAGACCCUGCCUCGCUAGCCCAUUAAAAUAGAUUGCUCUCAGGUGAAAGAUUCAGAAUGCAAGUUGCGGGGUCCGCGUGGAUGAAGCCGCACCAUGACGUACAAACCGGUGCCCCUUCAGUUUCGCUCCACACAAACGCAGAGGAGCAUACCCAAAUAACUUAUGAUAAAGAUUUUCAAUGAGAGGCCACGCGUGGUAUUAAGUAGGGUCAGGUCACGACGCAUACUCGCUACUCGAAUGCUUAGCGGCCCGGUGGUGUGAGUCGCGGCCAUGAAUCCAAGCUUUAGGGCCCAGCCCAGCUUCAAGCCUCAGAGCUUCAGGAGGGCUGCGUCGACCCGCGGCAACGGUGUCGCGCCGUCUCCAUCGCUAUGGGCGCGAGCAGUGUUGCGUGUGUCUGGCCUAUUUAAGAGCUUGUGGAGGACACUCUCCCAGAAUACAGGGCCACUGCUUAUUGCGCUUGCUGUGCUAGCACUUCUGUUGCUGGCAACAAUCUGGGGAACUGUAAGGGUAGCUCAGUCAACGGCGACGGGAACGAAGGACCGUGUGAUGGCGCUGGCCACCGAUGUGGCGUCCUGGUACCGGACCCAAAUCCACGAGUCGUACGCGCCAGUCACCUCCAUGGCUGCGGUGGUGCACCACUACCCCGGGUACGCGGACAUGGCGGCCAUGUUCAGCGUGGCGGCGCCGGAGCUGGUGGCGCUGGCGCCGCCCGACGCGCUGCGCAGCCUGCAGAUGGCGCCUCAGGGCGUCAUCCGGCAGGUGUACCCGGCCGACGCCAACAACAACUCGGCCGUGCUGGGCUACGACCUGUUCACGGGCGACCAGCGGCCCGGCGCCGUGGCCGCGGUGCAGCUGGGGCAGCUGACGCUCAUGGGGCCGCUCACCUUCCUGCAGGGCGGCUAUGGGCUGCGCGCGCGGCUGCCGGUGUUCAUACGCAACGUGACAAACGCCACGGAGACGUGGGGCGCGCCCGACCCGGCGCCAGGGGACAAGUGCGGCGCGCCGUGCGCGUACAACGCCACGGCGGGCACCAAGUACUGGGGCUUUGCCACCGCCCUGAUUGAUCUGGAGCGCCUUCACAGCGCGCCCGGCUCGCGGCUGGCCGCCAUACACGAUAGCGGCUAUCGCUUUGAGCUGAUGGCGUACAACUACGACGUAGCGGUGCUGACGGCGGCGGCGGCGGCGGCCAGUGGCGGCAACAGCAGCAGCGGCGGCAGCGGCGCUGGCGGCGCGGCGCUGAACCUGACGCGGGUGACGGGCAGCGACCAGGCCCCGCAGGACCCUGUGGAGGCGGUGGUGGAUCUGCCGGGCAUGCAGUGGUAUCUGCGGGUGGCGCCGGCGGAGGGCUGGCGGCCGGGCUGGUACGUGCCGGUGCUGGUGGUGGUGGUGGUGGUGGACGUCGCGUUCGCCGUCAUGACCUUCGCGGUGCUGGUGUCCAGGCGCCAGCACCAGCGCCUGUUGGAGGCGCUGCUGCCGCGCGAGAUGAUCGACAACCUGCGCCACGACGACGCCAUGAGGCUGGGGCCGCGCAUGCUGGAGGCGGCCACCACCGCCGACAUGCUGCUGGACAUGCUGGCCACGCUGCUGGAGGGCGGCAGCCCCGACCUGCGCGACCUGCUGUUCAUCCGGGAGCAGAUCCUUGCCAACAUGGACAUCUACGCGCCGCUCAACCUGGGGGACCAGCUGAGGGACGCAAACCUGGACGACGACGUGGCCAAGAUGCUGAUGCACCAGCUGGGCGGCAAGUUCGACUACUCGUUCAGCGAGGAGGACGCGCUGGAGGCCGGCCUGCUGCAGGACCUGGAGGGGGCGGACGGCGGCGAGGACGACGUCAAGGGCGUGCGGGCCAUGGCCAAGUCCAUCACCAUGACCCACCACGACUACGAGACGCUGUCAGGCGCGCUGGCCAUGUUGCUGGCGCCGCAGACGGGCUGGUACGACCCCGGGCCCGACCUGGACGCGGCGUCGGAUGCGGCGCUGCCCACGCAGGGGACGGAGGCCGCCACGCACGACCCGCUGCCGCCGCGGCCCUCAAUCAACAGCUUCAACACAGCGGCGCUGCAACGGGCCGUCUCACACAUGGUGCGCCAGCCCAGCGGCACGCCCGAGCCGGGCGCCGGCCCCGGGUCGGACGACCACGGCAGCACCUCUAUGGCGGGCAGCGCCGGCAGCCGCUCCAUCGCGCAGCGCCUGCACCUGGGCGUGAUGAACGGCGCGUCGCCGCGUAUGAAUGCAGCACUGGACCUGUCGGCCGCGCCGGGCCAGGCGGCAGCGGCGGCGGCAGAUGUAGGCGAUGGCGGCAGCACAGGCCGGCCGCGCAGCAGUAGCGCGGGCACGGCCGGCGGCCUGCCAGGCUCCACGGCGCAGGACCACAUCCUUGAAGCGGCCGUCGCCACCGCCAGCGCCAUCAGCUUCGCAUUCACGUCGCCGCAGCCCAGCAGCGUCAGUGGGGAAGACAAGGACGCGCAGCAGCGGCCGCGGCCGCCCCAGCGGCAGGAGACGCAGCACGAGGGCGGGCCGUCACUCAGCGGCGUGGGCGGCGUGACGCGCACACGCCGGCGGAGCGCUCUGGUGACGAUAGCGGACGGGGGCGGCAUGCUCCUGGCCCCUGCCGCCGGCUCCCGCACGACCAGCUGCACCGUUGAGGGCAGUGAGGUCCUACACGGGCCGCCCGGCCCGACCGUGGACCGGCAGCGGCUGUGGGCGUCGGGCGUAAGCCGGCGCAGCAUCACAGGCACGGGGCUGGCGCUGGGCAGCAUGCUGGGGGCCAAGAAGGCUCCGGCGCUGCCUUCUCCGCCUCCGCCCGUCAUCGACGAGGUUGAGAAGGUGCUGGCGGGCGCGGACGGCUGGCAGUUUGACACGUGGCGGCUUCGUGAAGUUACCAACGGCCACCCGCUGUCGGCUCUGGGCUUCUUCCUCAUCCAGCGGGCCGGACUCAUACCGCGCCUCAAACUCAAGCCCGCGGUGCUGGCCAGGCUGCUGCGGCACAUCGAGGCGGGAUAUGUGGACAACCCCUACCACAGCGCCACGCACGCCGCCGACGUGCUGCAGACGCUGCACGUGAUCAUCCACGGCGCGCAGCUGCACGUGCACUACCUGGACCCGCUGGGGCUGUUUGCGGCGUACUGGGCGGCGAUCGUGCAUGACUACGGUCACCCGGGCCUCACCAAUGACUUCCUCAUCGCCACCUCGGACCCGCUGGCGGUGCGCUACAACGACCGCUCGCCGCUGGAGAACCACCACUCUGCUGCGUCCUUUUCGGCGCUGCGGCGGCCGGGUCUGGACGUCCUGGCACCGCUGAGCACGGAGCAGAAGGGCGCCUUCCGCAAGCAGGUCAUCGACAUGGUCCUGGCCACAGACAUGAAGCAGCACUUUUCGCUGCUCUCCCACUUCAACACUGUCCACCGCCUCGCCAACUUCACCAAGCCUGCACCCAGCACACCUGGCGGGGGAACCCCGUACAACCGCAUGCAAAGUAACCCGGCCGAAAGCCCCGCGGUGAGCAUUGAAACACCGGCGUCGCUGGACAGCGCGCCGCGGCCCGUUGAUGACACGGAGCGCCUGCUGAGCCUGCAGAUCGCAAUCAAGGCCGCCGACAUUGGUCACCUGGGCGAGUCGCAAGAGGUGCACAAGCGCUGGCUUUCGGGGCUGGAGGAGGAGUUCUUCCGCCAGGGCGACAAAGAGAAGGAGCUGGGAAUCCCCAUCAGCCCGCUCUUCGACCGCGCCAAGCAGGGCGUCGGCAAGAGCCAAGUGGGGUUCUACGACUUUGUGGCGCUGCCGCUGGUGCACGCGCUUGCGGGCGCGUUCCCCGGGACGCAGCCGCUGUACCGCUGCUUCAACGUCAACUACACCAUGUACACACGGGCCGCGGAGGGGCUUGCGGCGGCCGGGUCGGAGACGCGCCACAGCAAGCUGGGUGCGGUGUCGCCCGCGGCAGCCAGUUCGCGUGUGAUGCCCGCCAACACGCCUACUGCGUAGCAAGCAAGUGGGCCAUAAUUGGUUUUGGAGUUACGUGUAUGCGUGAAUGUGCGCGAACGUUUAUGUGUGUGUGUGUGUGUGUACGUGUGUGUGUUGCAGCGCCAGCCUGUAAUGCGAUUGCGUAAUCUGUACUGUGUGUUUGGCGCGUGCUUGGUAGGAUGGCGCUGGCCCCGCAGACAUGCCUUCCAGGUGUGCUCGCUUUCUGCAGGAGCAUGCAGGCAUGUUGAAUUGCCAACACGACAACGUACUUGGUGGCCACAGCGUCGCGCGGUUGCAUCAAAACUGGGGUUAAUGCUUCUUAUGCUGUGAGGAGAAAUGCGCAAGGAACUUGCUGCCUUAGGGCCAGUUGGGGCUGCAUUCUUCUGUGAUUAGGUCUCGGAGGCAGCUGGGAGGGGUGGCAGCGGGUUUGAAUGACAUGGCGACAUAGAAGCGCUGAGAAGCAAAACGUUGCAGAUACUGAAAGAGGUGGGCUCGUGGAAGCCACGCGGUCCCUGCUCCAGUGUCCUACGCAACCAUGCGAAGGCAAUGCGGCCUGGUACAGGCCGUCUGCUUGCAGCGAGUCCUUUGCACUUGUUAACGGUUUCCGAAAUGCGCACGGACAUAGGAAAUUGCUGUGUGAGUGGCGGUAUGAAUUGAGGGAUGCGUGUGUGACGCGUGGGUGCAAAUGCUGAGUGAUCGGGAUUCCUCCUGACCAGAGACAUGUUUGAACCUUACAACGAAUGGCGGGCGCAUAAUGCAUUUAUUAUAUACCUAUUGCUGGGCUUGGUUGGUGGUCGCUGGCCAAGAGACAUGUAUGUUGUACAGGGUUCUUGGGAUGGGUUUGCCGUGAUGCGACCUGACGUGAGGUAAGAAGCUGCGAAGUUGAAGAGGGAAGAGCCAAGAAGUCACGGACGCCCUACAAAUCUAGUUUCAAAUCUCUCUGGGCCCCGCUUCAGGAGAUGCAUGUGCGGAGGUUGCAUUAUCACAACUUCACGAGGGCUCUCCUGUUUCUGCCCUUCUUGGCUAACCCGGCUGGAAAGAUUGUAUGCUGUGAAGGGAGCCGCAUGAAUGUUUACGGGGGCGGGCUGGGAGUGGCACAAGCCGCACAACGGACGCUGUUUGCUAAUGUAACGGCGUGUUGGCAUGAAAGGACAGAAGGCCCAGGCAACGGACCGCAGCAACACCCACAGACCACCGCCUGUGGUCGGGGGUUGGAUUGGGUUCGGCUUCGGCCGCGGGGAUGGGGUUCUGCUGUAUGUUACGACUGUUUCAGCCACGGUGCCCUCAUUCCAAACCGCGGGGCUUCCUCACACUCCGGUUGUCUUUGUCUCACAAUCGCAUUCGGCUCGCCGACCGCUUUUCGCACCAUAUUGUUUGUUUGUGUGUGUGUGUGUGUGUGUGUGUGUGUGUGUGUGUGUGUGUGUGUGUGUGUGUGUGUAUACGUGUGUAUACGUGUGUGUGUGUGUGUGACUACGGUUUCCACGGUUAUUCUGCCAGAUCACGUGAAUCGUGUUUCUGCUCUCAAUCGAGGGCUGCCGUGACCUGGCGUUUCCCCGGCAGAGCGCAAACAGCUCUGGAGUCCACAGGGAAACGCACUCCGACCCUUCACCGCGCCAGCAAUCCUUGCGGAAUUACUACCGGUGUAACAAUCUCAGACCCAGCGGGCGAGCUACCUCUUAAGACCAGGUUAGUGCGUGCGCUAUGCGUGUGUCCUGCGGCCUAGACGUUUCCCGGCACUCCUGUGCCUAGGCUUGUGGCGUUGAGGCACAGCGGUGGGGCUCUGGCGGGUUGAGGCUUGGCUAGGACUCACUGUGCGCGGAGUCACACGGACUUUGCCCGCGGGAGGGUUUGCAGCAAAGUCGGGGUUGGUGGAGUCAAGUUGGGCCCUGAUAGCAUGUAAUGGCUCGGCGUC